GCCCCUCCGUCGGGUCGACUCCCGGCCCUGCCCCGGCCCCGGCUCUGCCCGAGGUGGAUGGCGGCGGCGGCCGGAGUCGGAGCUCGAGCUGUGCGGCGGAGACAACAUUCCUGAUCCAUUGACAAGACUACAGUCUGAUCCCAAAGAUGUGUUCCACAAACCCAGGCAACUGGGUCACAUUUGACGAUGACUCUGCUUUUCAAUCUUCUCAAAAAUCAAAGAAUUUCCCUCUAGAGAAUCAAGGUGCCUGUAGACCAAAUGGGCUGAAGCUGAACUUUUCUGGCCCCAAGGAGUUCCCCAGCAGCUCCUCCUCCACCAGUGGCACCCCUCUCUCCUCCCCUGUCGUGGACUUCUACCUCAGUCCAGGACCUCCAAGUAACUCUCCUCUUUCUACACCUACCAAAGACUUUCCAGGAUUUCCUGGGAUCCCCAAAGCAGGAGCUCAUGUGCUUUAUCCUAUACCGGAAUCAUCGUCAAACAGUCCCCUCCCCAUACCAGGGGCAGGUUCAGGUUCUUUAUCUCCUAGUAAACCAGCCUGUUUAUCCCAUGCUUCCUUGCCCAGUGACUCCUCGUGUAUACAUUCUGUCCCCAAAAUGGGUCUUUCAAAUGAAAUUAGCCCCCACCAGAGUGAAAGCCUUGGGUUCCAUGGUGAUGCUCCCCACUUUCAGUAUUUUCGGGAGGACUGUUCCUUUUCAAGUCCAUUUUGGAAAGAUGAAGGAAGUGCUUCCCGGUUCACCUGUGACCACCCAGGAAGCAGAAAGACAUUCUCUUCAGGAGACAAAGAGAUGCCUAUUGAUCAGAAAAGCCUGAAUCAGGGCUCACUCAACUACAUCUGUGAGAAGCUUGAACAUCUCCAAUCAGCUGAGAAUCAAGAGUCCCUUGGAAAUUUGUCUUUGCAAUGUCUACAUGCUGAAGACACUGCCUCUUCCUUUGUCCCCCAUCUUCUCUUCCGGAGUCAGCCAAAAGCCGGAUGGUCUUUCAUGCUGAGAAUUCCUGAGAAGAAGAACAUGAUGUCUUCUCGGCAAUGGGGGCCAGUUUUUCUCAAAGUCUUACCUGGAGGAAUUUUGCAAAUGUAUUAUGAGAAGGGGUUAGAGAAGCCAUUUAAAGAGCUGCAGCUUGAUCCACACUGCAGACUUUCUGAUCCCAAAGUUGAAAACUUUAGUGUGGCAGGAAAAAUCCAUACUGUGAAGAUUGAGCAUGUAUCUUACACAGAAAAAAGGAAAUACCAUUCCAAGACAGACGUAGUUCAUGAACCAGACAUAGAACAGAUGCUGAAGUUGGGGUCCACAGAGUACCACGACUUCCUUGACUUUCUGACGACUGUGGAGGAGGAGCUGCUGAAGCUGCCGGCUGUUUCAAAACAAAAAAGGAACUAUGAGGAACAAGAAAUUUCCCUGGAAAUUGUGGACAACUUUUGGGGUAAAAUCACUAAAGAAGGAAAAUUGGUUGAAAGUGCUGUGAUAACUCAAAUCUCUUGCCUUUGCUUUGUGAAUGGGAACACAGAAUGUUUUUUAACCUUGAAUGACCUCGAGCUGCAGAAGCGAGAUGAACACUAUUUUGAAAAAGACCCAGAAAAGAAGGGAAUUGAUAUCCUGGUCUACCAUUUUCAUAAGUGUGUGAAAGCACAAGAAUUUGAGCAAUCAAGAAUCAUUAAGUUUGUACCUCUGGAUGCCUGCCGGUUUGAGCUGAUGCGUUUCAAGACUUUGUAUAAUGGGGAAGAUCUUCCCUUUUUCAUGAAGUCUGCAGUGGUUGUCCAAGGAGCAUAUGUGGAGCUGCAGGCUUUUGUCACCAUGGCCCCGUUGGCUCAGAGACCCUCCUUGAGGUCCUGUGACAACAUAAUGAUACACUUUCCCGUCCCAUCACAGUGGAUCAAGGCCCUCUGGACUAUGAACCUUCAGAGGCAAAAGUCCCUAAAAGCCAAAAUGAACCGCCGGGCAUGUCUGGGGAGUUUACAUGAACCUGAAUCAGAACCUGUCAUACAAGUCUCUGUGGGGUCGGCAAAAUAUGAGAGUGCCUACCGGGCUGUGGUGUGGAAGAUAGACCGGCUUCCCGAUAAAAACUCAAAUCUUGACCAUCCUCAUUGUCUGUCAUACAAACUGGAACUUGGGUCAGACCAAGAAAUUCCCUCUGAUUGGUAUUCAUUUGCUACUGUUCAAUUUGUCAUGCUUGAUACCUGCGCCUCGAAGACAGAGGUCAGGUCCCUGGGUAUGGAGAGUGAUGUGCAGCCACAGAAACGUGUUCAUCAGCGAGCUUGCUACAACAUCCAGCCUAAACUCUACAGAUCUGUAAUUGAAGAUGUAAUUGAUGGAGUACGGGAUCUGUUUGCUGAAGAAGGUAUAGAGGAACAAGUCUUAAAAGACUUGAAGCAGCUCUGGGAAACCAAGGUUUUGCAGUCUAAAGCAACAGAAGACUUCUUUAGAAAUACCAUCCAUUCGCCUCUGUUCACCCUUCACUUGCCACACAACUUGCACCAAACAUUGCAAACAUCAACAGCAUCUUUAGUUAUUCCUGGUAGAACUAUUCCCAGUCUUACCACAGCAGAACUGGGCACCUCAAAUUCCAGUGCAAAUUAUACUUUUCCUUCCAGUAUUGGUUAUCAAAUUCACAUACCAGCAGGUGCGACACUGCAGACAGCGUCUGGUCAUCUUUAUAAAAUCAGUGUACCAAUUAUGGUGACACAGACUUCUGGAAGAGCAAGUAUUCUUCAGCAUCCAGUUCAGCAGAUAUUUCAUCAGCUUGGGCAGCCUUCAGUAAUACAGACCAGUGUUCCACAGUUGAACCCAUCUUCUGUUCAGUCAACUACUGAAAAAUCACAGAGAUUGGAAUCUGUACUCCAGCAACCCACAAUUCUACAUUCUGGAAUAGUAGAUAGGAAACACCUAGAAAAUACCACCACUAAUAUACUUUUGCCUCCUGAAAAUGAGUAUAAAAUCAUGUCCAAAGCUUUGUUGAGUCCACAGGAAAGUUCUCAGUAUAUUAGUCUUCCAGGUGUUGUAUUUGCUUCACCGGUCUCUCAGACAGAUUCUAACUUGGAAUCAGUGCUCAGUGUUUCAGCUAGCAUGACUCAAAAUCUUCAUGGUGGGCCCUUCUCCAUGGGCCCUCAGGGAGCUCUGCACCAGCACAUGUCUGAUGUUCAGCUUCAUGUUCUUAAAGAUAGGAUGUAUGGAUGUGACUCUUUGAAGCAGCCAAGAAAUAUAGACGCGCCCAGCAGCCUACCUAUCUUGGAGAAGGAUUCUAAUUCUCAGAUGGAUUUAAGAAUUCAGUCAACUGAUGAUGAUAUUAAUGAAAUAAUUCAAAUAGAUGGAACCGGAGAUUUAUAUUCCAAAGAAGAAAUAGGAAGUACGAGAGAUGUAGAUGAGAAUGAAUUUCUAGGGAUUAUUGAUGCAGAAGAUCUGAAGGUACUUGAAGAGGAAGGUGACAGUUUAUCAAAUGAGGAUUCAACUGUCAAUAGCAGUGAUAAUGAAGACCCUCAAAUAGACAUUGUGGAAGAGGACCCUUUAAAUUCUGGAGAUGAUGUUAGUGAGCAGGAUGUGCCAGACCUGUUUGACACGGAUAAUGUAAUUGUCUGUCAGUAUGAAAAGAUUCAUCGAAGCAAGAACAAAUGGAAAUUCUAUUUGAAAGAUGGUGUUAUGUGUUUUGGAGGGAGAGACUAUGUAUUUGCAAAAGCCAUCGGUGAUGCAGAGUGGUAAAUCUUAUGAGCUCAGUACAUCAACUUUGUAAACAUCAGUGGGACUAUAUUACAUACUAUGGAACUUACUUUUAUUUUAAAUAUAGUCCAAAAG